AUGUACGAUAGCAUAACAACUGAACAACGACCUACACUCUAUAGAAACUCUGAUUAGAAACAACAAUAGUACAUGCCCUCAGGCAAUGAUUAACAUUUGCAUCAUCUAACUCCAAUGACAGGAAUGAAGACCUAUGAAUCACCAUCAAAACCAUAUGCUUCACCAGAACAAUAAACUAUGGCAUACACUACAUCUCCAAACAAUGUGAAUUCAUUUGUUUCUCCCAUAAGACCACAGAUCUUGCAACCUUAAUUGAUUUCACCUUAAAAGCCAAUACCUUCAUACAUUAAUCAAUCGCCAUAUAUUAGACCACAAUUAACUUCAGUGCAACCCAUCUAAUUGCCUGUCAGACCCACAAUCGAAGAGAUACAUAUUAGUGAGCAUCCAGUUCAAGUGAUUAAGAGAGAGGAAUUGGACAAGGCAUAUUAAGAACAGAUCUAAAAAUUAGAAAAUCAAUUGAAUAGUUUAUAGAUGGAGAACAUUAGGCUUAGAAGUGUUCAAGCAACUGAGAAAAUAUCAAUUGGAGAGGAUGUUACUAGAAUUAAUCAACUGAGAGAUGAGAUACAAAAAUAUAUGAAAAUUGCUUUUGAGUUGUAACAAGAAAUUGAUAUUUGGAAAAAGAGAUACGCUGAUUUUGAAGCGGAGGUGAGAUUUUAAUAUGGAGUAGAACAAGAAUUAGCCAAUACUAAGAGAGAUCUACAAGAGACUAAUAUCAUUUUGAAUCAUGAAAUUAAAAUGCAAAAGGAUUUGGUGUUGGAGUGGCAAAAGAAAUAUAAGGAUCUUGAAUUUAAGAUUUUUGGAUUCAAUGAAGAAAGUAGUGUGAUACAAAAAACUAAGGAAUAGCAAAUUAGGGAAUUGCAGAGCAAAUUAGCUUUGAUGACCACAGAGGUUGAAAGAGUUAAUGUGUUGAAUGAAUAGAAGAAUAAUGAGAUGGAAAGAUGGAAGGGAAGAUUCUAGGAUAUUGAAACCGAAUCAUUAGAGAAGGACAGUCGAUUAACUCAAUUGAAUACUGAGAUGAGUAGAUUGAGAUAAGUGAUUGAUAAUCUCAAUAGAGAAAAUGGAUUACUCAAAACUAAAAUUAUCAAUCCUACAGAAUUUUAGAAUAAAAUCAAUUUAUAAUAAUAACAAAUUGAAUAAUUGCAACUCAAACUAAAGUAAAGUAGUCAAGAUUACGAAAAUUUAUAUUAAGAGCACAAUCAAUUACAGUUGUAAGUUCAAUUGAAUCAAGAUAAUAAAGCACAAUAAUACAAGGAUUAGAUUGCUAAAUUAGAGUUGGAAUUAAGGAAAGUGUAAAGAACAUUUUUAGAAAAGGAUCAGUAAAUUAAAGAGCUGAAUGAAAAAAAUGAAGAAAUGGAAACUAUUUUAUAAAAUUAAUAGUCAUCCCAAUCAAAAACGGAGACUUAUGUAACUCAUUAUGUUAAUGAGGCAAAUCAAUGGAAAAAGAAGUUUGAAGAGUAAAAUAAGAAAUACUUUGAAGUAUAAGAAAAAUUGGCUCUGGCUGAGGCAGAAUUGCAAUCGAUUAAAAAAAGGCAACAAACACAACCAACUGUUACCCAAACUGUAUAUGAAGUCAAAAAUACAUCUACUGUUAGGACAAAUAACAUGAAUCAGACUGCUAGAAUUCCUUGA